GUCAAAGGAUUAGGUUAAAUUACCAAGUGAUAUACAAACGCGAAAAAAAACUGCAAUAGUAACAUUUAAAGAGCUAUACUUAUUAGCUGAAAGCAGACGGGGAUCUAAUUUUAUAUUGCACACACACAUACACACAAAAAAGUAAAUCAUGGGGCUUGACAGACAAUCCACUGAAGCCUCGUAUCUUGAUUUGAUUUGCACGAGUGUGGGGUGUGGCGUGGAAUGCGGAAAGGGUAUUCUUUGCAACCUAUCGAAUAAAGUCACAAAUGGCGUUCGGGGUGUGGUGGAUACGAUCUACGGCUCCAAGAACGACUCCCCAAGGUUCCUAGCCGCUAAUGCGCCAUCUAACGGAAGCUUUAUUGCAAGCUUAACAUCGAGAGAGUUGAAAGAGGUGCCGCAUGGCGCUUCCAACAGAGUUAAGCUAGGAUUGUUUAAUGGACCCAGUAACAAUUUCAAAUUAAAUCCAUUCAAAAACUCAAGUCCGGAUAAUAAAAAAUUCAAGGAAUCUGCUAUUCUGGGUGCAAAAAUCGCGGCUGCGGUGCUGGUGGUUGCCGGCGCUGCUCAGUUCGCCUACAGCCUUCACCAGAAUAAUAAGAAGAAGAAUAUCAACAAGGCUAGAAAAGUAAAAUAACAAUUGUAAAUAUCAUUGCUUGCUAAGAAAUAGUGUGUUCAAGGUAAGCGAAGUUUUUAUAUAUAAUUUAUGUAUAUAUAUUUUGUUAAAUUUUUAAAUAAAGAAAAAAACAAGCCCUAUAUAUAAUUUAGGUAUUGUUUUAAUUAUGCAAAGCGAACCAUUUUAUCCUUUGGUAUUAUAUAUUGACUCCUUCCUCCAGGUAAUUAUGAAUACUAUAACUCCAUUAUCAGUAACAAUGCUUCUAGAAAUCCUUUUAUCCUAUCAAACACAGCGCUUGUGGUUUGCUACUGUUUGAUUUCUUGACUAUACAAAGUAGGAACUGUAGUAACGAAUGUUUGUUAUGUGAUUUCCACAUGCAACAUCAAACUUGUAUAUGAAUAUUCUAAUUAUAUAUAUGUAACACAUGAACAAUUAUUUGGCUUAUUGUUUUUUUUCUUUAUUUAUUAAUUUGAAAGUCGAGAACCCCCCCCAAAAAA